AUGGGUAAGGGUGAGGAUGAAGGGCAAGGGGGUACCAUUCAACGGUGUUUCAAUGUUUUUCGCUGUGUUAAGUCUUUUCCUCCAGGGGUUCGAUUUCAGCCAACGAACGAGGAGUUGUUCAUGUAUUACCUGAAGAGGAAGGUUCUAGGUAAAUCUCUGAGUGUUCCUCAGAUGAUUUCUGAGCUUGAUGUGUAUAAGUUUGAACCCUGGGAUCUUCCUGAGAUGGCAUGUCUUAAGACUAAGGAUCGGUAUUGGUAUUUCUUCUGCCCUCGCUCGAUGAAAUACCCUACUGGAAAAAGAAGUAGCAGGACCGCUGUAAAUGGAUAUUGGAAAUCGACUGGAGUGGACAAGGAGGUAAAGUAUGAAGAACGGUGUGUAGGAAAGAUCAAGCAUUUGGUAUUCCACAAUGGAAAGUCUCCGAAUGGGGCAAGAACUAAUUGGAUGAUGUAUGAAUAUGUUUUGAAUGAUCCAUUGCUUGCUGACAAAGGCGUGCCUCAGGAUUCGUAUGCUAUCUGUAAAAUCUUUGAAAAGAGUGGUGCAGGACCAAAGAAUGGAGAAGAAUAUGGUGCUCGUUUUGUGGAAGAACAGUGGGACAGCGAUUCUGAUGAGAAUGUGCAGGAGAGAACAUCUGGUCUAGUGUCCUGUGAUAUGAGUUGUGGGUGUGUUGGUACUCCUUUCACCUCUGUUGCUGCUACUGCUGCUCCUGAUAUGCACUAUCCAAGCACCUCUGCUGUUACGAGUACUCCACACAUCGCUGCUGCUACUUCAAGCACUACUACUGCUGUUAUGGGUACUACAUAUAUCGCUGCUACAACUUCAAGCACCACUACUGCUGUUAUGGGUGUUCCUUACCUCGCUGCUCCAACUUCAAGCACCGCUACUUGUAUGGGUACCCCAUACAUCUCCCCCACAACUUCCUUGGACGUGCCUAUUGCUGCUCCCUUGGAUGUGCCUAUUGCUGCUCCUUUUAGUCCUUUAUCCUUGGAUGUGUCAGAAGAAGACGAGGUGGACAGACUUCUGCAGCAUUUUACUGAUGAUGCAGAAGAUUUCGAGGACAUUUUUCUAGGAUUAGAGGAUUUAGACAACUCGUUUAUUGAAAUGAACGAUCUUAUUAGGUAUACGAAAAACUGAAGUAGUAUACAAAACCUACACUAUAUUAUUGUCAAUUCUAUACAAUGCAAUCCAAAAUUACAUUUUUAUCAGAAAAAGUAAUUGAGUUAACGUUAGAUGUGCCUUUGACAAGAUAUGUUUCUUUUUCUGAUCUUCUUAGUACAUUAGUACAAGUACAUAUCAAAUG